GGCGCUCCGGUUGCCGGGGAAGCGCGUCACGGGCGGGCGGAGCGGCCGCGCCGCUUCCGGGGCCGCGGCAGGAGCGGCCGGGCGGCUCCAUGGUGACGGCGCAGGUUUGUAGCACGGGAUCAUCCAUCAGCAGGACGCAGCAGCCACAGCCCCGCCGUCAUGUCCAAGUCAAAGAGCUCCGAGUCCGUGCGGGUGGUCGUGCGCUGCCGGCCCAUGAACAGCAAAGAGCAAACUGCUUCCUAUGAAAAAGUUGUCAAUGUGGAUGUCAAGUUAGGGCAGGUCUCAGUGAAGAAUCCACGGGGAUCAUCUCAUGAGCUGCCUAAAACGUUCACCUUUGAUGCUGUGUAUGACUGGAAUUCCAAACAGGUCGAACUCUACGAUGAGACCUUCAGACCUCUCGUGGACUCUGUUCUGCAAGGGUUUAAUGGGACAAUCUUUGCCUAUGGGCAGACUGGGACAGGGAAAACAUAUACGAUGGAAGGGGUACGUGGUGAUCCCGAAAAAAGAGGGGUCAUCCCCAAUUCAUUCGACCACAUCUUCACCCACAUCUCUAGAUCUCAAAAUCAGCAAUACUUAGUUAGAGCGUCUUAUUUGGAAAUAUACCAAGAAGAAAUCAGAGACUUGUUAUCAAAGGAUCAGUCCAAGCGGCUGGAGUUGAAGGAGAGACCAGACACAGGGGUUUUUGUUAAGGAUUUGACCACCAUUGUUACAAAAAGUGUCAAAGAGAUAGAGCACAUCAUGAAUUUGGGAAACCAGAACCGCUCCGUUGGUGCCACCAACAUGAACGAGCACAGCUCUCGAUCUCACGCCAUUUUCCAGAUCACUAUCGAGUGCAGCGAGUUGGGACUGGAUGGAGAGAACCACAUCCGUGUUGGGAAGCUCAACCUGGUCGACCUGGCAGGCAGCGAGCGGCAAGCAAAGACUGGAGCACAGGGGGAAAGGCUGAAGGAAGCCACAAAAAUCAAUCUGUCCCUCUCAGCUUUGGGCAAUGUUAUCUCUGCCCUGGUUGAUGGCAAAAGCACGCACAUACCCUACCGGGACUCCAAGCUGACCAGGCUACUUCAGGACUCAUUAGGUGGCAAUGCCAAAACUGUGAUGGUGGCCAAUAUAGGCCCUGCUUCUUACAAUGUAGAGGAGACCCUGACCACACUGAGAUAUGCCAACCGUGCCAAAAACAUCAAGAACAAGCCACAAGUGAAUGAGGAUCCUAAGGAGGCUCUGCUGCGGGAAUUCCAAGAAGAGAUUGCUCGACUCAAGGCACAGUUGGAAAAACGGUCUAUUGGCAAAAGAAAGAGGAGGGAAAGGAGGAGGGAGGGUGGGGAAGAGGAGGAGGAUACUGAAGAGGGUGAGGAUGAAGGAGAUGACAAAGAUGACUAUUGGAGGGAGCAACAAGAAAAGCUGGAGAUUGAGAAGAAAGCUAUAGUCGAGGAUCACAGCUUGGUAGCAGAAGAAAAGAUGAGGCUGCUGAAAGAGAAGGAGAAGAAAAUGGAGGACCUGAAGCGAGAGAAAGAAGCAACAGAGAUGCUGAGUGCUAAAAUCAAGACAAUGGAAAGCAAGCUACUGGUGGGAGGGAAAAAUAUUGUGGAUCACACAAAUGAACAGCAGAAAAUCCUGGAACAGAAACGACAGGAAAUUGCAGAACAGAAACGUCGGGAGCGAGAAAUCCAGCAACAGAUGGAAAGUCAGGAUGAGGAAACACUAGAACUGAAGGAGACCUACAGUUCUCUUCAGCAAGAGGUGGACAUAAAGACCAAAAAACUCAAAAAGUUAUUUUCCAAGCUGCAAGCUGUGAAGGCAGAGAUCCAUGAUCUCCAAGAAGAGCACAUCAAGGGGCGCCAGGAAAUGGAGCAGACCCAGAAUGAACUCACCAGGGAACUAAAGCUAAAGCACCUGAUUAUUGAAAACUUUAUUCCCUUGGAAGAAAAGAAUAAGAUCAUGAACAGAUCAUUCCUUGAUGAAGAGGAAGACAACUGGAAACUACAUCCCAUAACCCGUCUGGAUAACCAGCAGAUGAUGAAAAGACCAGUAUCUGCUGUGGGGUACAAAAGGCCCCUGAGCCAGCACGCCAGGACGUCCAUGAUGAAUCACACAGCAGCUCGGUACAGGGCAGAGAACAUCGUGUUACUGGAAAUGGACGUGCCCAGCCGGACGACGAGGAACUAUGAAGGUCCAGCCAUCGCUCCCAAGGUUCAGGCAGCUCUGGAAGCAGCUCUGCAGGAUGAAGAUGAGAUCCAAGUGGAUGCCUCAACAUUUGAGAGCUCUUCAAAUAAAAAAUCAAAACCCAGACCGAAAACUGGAAGGAAAUCGGUGGGAUCCGCAUCGGGAUCAGGCACUCCCACUUCUCAGCUCUACCCACAGUCACGAGGGCUGGUUCCAAAAUAAAACCAGCAACGGCUCUCCAGGGAGGGAACAGCCUUUACCUUCUGGGAGCAGAGACAAGGACAAACCUGCAGAGAGAGCUCCUGGCCAGCCUCCAGCCCCUUUCCCUGGAGAUGGCCUUGUUGCUGUUUAACUGACUCGGGCCAGUCCAGGGGCACUGAGCCAUGGGAAGAUCCGUGCUUGCAAUUCAGCAUUUGGCCUCUGUGGGAAAUGGAUUUUAGUUAGGAAAUCAAAAAUGCAUGAGGUACGUUACAGUGUGUUAGGAGCAGUGGGAAGCAUGGGGAAUCACCUCACAGCGUCACCGUCCUCCUCCUGCACCAGCCCUUCUGCUGCACAGCACGUUUUGCCUGUUGGGCACUAAGAAGACAGAGCUGAAUGUCAUCUCCACAGAACCACCACUCUGCAGCUCCACAGUGAGAACCAAAAGAGGCUAAAAAGCAGAGGAUCUGUUCAAACUCGACAAGGUGCAUGGUUCUUCCUCUUCCUGCUUGAGACACUGGCAUCACCACGUGGGGUUCAGGCAUUGGUCUGAACAGGAUGGCAGUGGCCAGCGUGUCUUCACCACCACACAGCUGUGCCUCCCCAAGGGCUGUAGGACAGAAAAGGGUCUCAAAACAACUAUGUGGUCUCUAGAAAGGAAGCAGUAGAAUCUGAAGUCCUUUCUUUGUUUACAGGCAUAAGUGAGAGCUCCUCUAAGCUGACCUACAGACCUCCCCCCUACCAACAGGAACCACCUUGUCAAAGAACACCUCUGCAUGCCAGUGUUGGCUCCACAGCUUUCCUCCUCUCUCUUGCCUCCAUCUUUACCCCUGGUAUUUAAAACCAGUGUCCAUAUGACAUCUUUAAUGGCAUUUGGCCAUUUUUCUCAUGCCUCCCACUGUUGAUGGAAAACGUAGCAUUGGCUCAGAGCUCUCCCUGCCAGGCUCAGACUCUCAGCUGGGCAGAGCACUGGAACUUGGAGCUGCCUUUGAGUGCACUCCUGGGAAUUUGGUCUCUUCCCUUGGUGUCUAAGGAGGUUUAGCAUUCAGUGCCUCUUGUGCCUCAUCUGUUCCAUGUUAAGCAGCUUUCUCUCUGCACCUCCCAGCCCACUCAGAGCCUGCUGGGGGUGAACCCGUCCUAAUUGAGGCUGGUGAUGGAAGCUGGUGUUAAUUCCGGGGGUUUUACUUUGAAAACAAGGGAGGGAGAACUCCUGCUUUCAACAGUCUCAUUGCAAAGCUGCCCUAUGACUAAAGCAGGCUCGUGUAGCAGGGCAGAGGGAGGUGGAACUCCACGCUAAGGACAGAAUAAGGUGUCCCAGUCUAGUGUCCCACAGCUCAUCCGUAAGUUUUAGUUCACUGUAUAUGGAGACUUGGGAUGUUACUUUUUCUGGUUGCUCUUGGCUGUCAUCCUGUGAACAUUUUUACCUGUUUUCCCUCACUGAGGACUCCCUCCAGACUGGCAUGUGUGAGUGUGUGAGGACUUGCCUGGUUGUAGACAUGCUCUGAUGUGUGGACUCUGCCUUGUGCUCAUGAAGUGUCCAUGGAGUGACUUCACCCAGGCUGAAGAGCUCCUUUCUACUGACCCCCGAGCAGGAGGAGCUGAGUGCUCAGCACAGCUCACCUGUGCAUCCUGCAGGCACGGUGCCCAGGUGAGCCAGGUGGGCCCCUUAAACACCAACGUGGCUGCUGCAUUCCACGGACUGCUUUCCUGGGCCACAAGGUUAAAAUAUGUAUACACGUAUAUGCACACAUACAUAUAUAUAAUAGUUUUGGUGGAGGAAGGAGGGAUUUACUUAUAACUGAGAGAGCAGGCACAUGACCAAUUCCUUUCAACCGGAACAUGGAAACCCAGCAUAAUCUUUGUUUUCACAAAGCACUGUUUAUAUCCAGAGAGCCUUUUAACUGGCUUUUGUUGCAUAGUAUAACAUCACUUUCUCUUCCCUCUCUUCCUUCUUUCUCUCCAGCACAUAAUCUUCUGUACUAGGAUAUUUUAAAAGAUGAUUGUAUGGUUUAAGUGCUCAGAGAAUUGAAAUUAAUGGGGGAGGAAGUUUAAAACCCUGAGACAGCAGCACAAUAUGUAACCACGCGUUUGUACAUACCUAUGUACACAUGUUUUAUGUGAAUAAUGCAUACACAAACACAUCUGUGUCCGCACAUGUGCACACUUUUCCUCAGUUGCUACUAUUCCAUAGGGACUUCUAUUCUAUAUUAAACUCAUAUGCUGGAAACUGCCUUCGUGGCAGGGCUGGUACCAUGGAGCUCUGCAGUGCAAACCUGUUUUCAUGUUGAUGAGCUAGUGUCAGAAAGGCUCUUCUUUUAACUCUGUAGAAAUUCAUUAGCAAGGUGAAAGAAACUCAGUAGAGUGGAAAAGAAUAAAUCUGCAUAUUUAGUCAUUGUAUGUAAAUUGGGGCUUCGGUGGAGAUUUGGUCAAUGUAUUCAUGGGCAAUCUCGGCCUGUUACAGAAGCCUUUGGAUUCUCAUUCCAAAGGACUUAACCCUCACCAGAUGCUCAGUGGCACUGAUAUUAAGAUACAUUGUCUUAAGCUGUACAAAACAUACUGAGCUCUGGGUUGAAGCUUUUAAGAAACAUUCCUGCCAAGUUUGCCCUUCUUUGGUGUUAUCUGAACCAUCUGGGCUUCCUGCUGGUUAACCAAAGGCAGGAAAUCCAGCUGGACUCCUGGAAGAGGCCCUGGGACCGCCUUGCACCAUCACCUUUUCUUCAUAGGAAUGUUUAACAUUCAACAUAAUUGUCUUUGCUCUGAUCUGUAUAAUGGAAUAUUUUUUUUUUUAAAAAGUGGCAUGGAGCAGGAGUCAGCCGUGGGAGCAAGCGCCACCAGGCACUGAAGCAUAGGAAUUAAAGCACUUUCUUAAAUCCUUAACUUAGGUCUAGCGCCUUUUUAAAAACAUUUGCAUGCUGCUUGAAUCUUCUAAAACACAUACCUCUGCCAGAGCACCUGGGGCUGCGCCGGUGCCUUAUACAGAUCAGAGCAGGCAGUGUUCAGUCAGUUUGAGGUGUGUGAGUCUGGCCUCGCUCAGCACGCAGCGCUGGAGUUCCAGUGAAACACCUGUGUACCUGGACCUGUCCUCUCUCCUGUCUGUGCUGGGCAACGUGCACCAGUCUUUAAAUGGUUCAGUGGAAUUCCUGGGGGUCUGUUCCUGCUGUGUUCAAACACAGACUGGAAAAGAGAACCUGCAAAAGCCAUAAUUAGCUACAGAGACGGAACUGAAAUGAGAACACUGGUGCUGCCUGCUGCACUGUGCAGUGGGGGGUUGACUUGCUGGGAUCCAGGUGCUUACUGCCUUCUCCAGGCUUUUGAAGAGGUGACCCAGGAUCCUUCUAUGGGCACAGCUGUCGAUGACAACUCUCAGCUCCUUGGAGAGAUGCCCACCUCCGCCUUCUCUUAGGUGAUCUGUAGAAAAAGAAUCUGUCCAUAGUUCUGUCCAUAGUUUUACAGCUUAUAUUUAUUUGUAUCAUCUCUUUUGUCUAGGAAUGUAAAGUGAUCCUAAAAUACAAUGUGUAAUAAAGUCAAUAAGAUUUAUUGCAUCUAUCAAAA